AUGCCCGACCCAAGAAUUGAGCACCUAGAAGACUUUACCGCACACGAAUGGUGCAAUGCUCUGAUCUUCGAUCCCUCGAUAACGCGCGUCCACAAACGUCACGUCUUCGGCAAGGGAGACGAAUGGAACUCUCUCUUCACCCGCAGUCUCUUCACCAACGAUGCCAUUCGUGCCUUCCUCAACUUGUACAAACCUGGCAAAGGGCAGAGAAGAGCAGUAGACCGGAACAGCAUAGUCACAGGCGAGCCACCGAAAUUCAGGAACGUUGCGCCGAGCGACUACGACAAGGAGUUACGCAGACGAACGGCAAAGGAGGAUGUACAACACGACCUUACAGACCCAGAAGCGCCUGAGAAUACCGUGUUAGUUUCUAUGGGUGGUGAGCUUGAUGGUGGUAUUGGGCGUCUUCACGGCGGCGUCACUGCAUCUUUGCUAGAUCAGGCUAUGGGCGCGCUGUUGAUGCACUACUACGAAAGUAGCAAUGCGACUACGGAGUUGAGAGUCAAGUACUUGAAGGCUGUCGAAACGCCUUGCAUACUGAAGGUCAGGGCGAGGAUAAGCAGAGAGGUGGGAAGGUGGAUAGAAACAGCAGGAUGGGUCGAAGAUGGAGAAGGUACCGUGUAUGCUGAAGGCUGGGGUAGUUUUGUGUUGGCCAAGCUUGAACCAUCGGCGAAGAUGUAG